UUGUUAAAUUCUUGGCUUGAAAAUCACCUCAAAACUAAAUUUUAAACAUGAUAGAGUGUUGCUGUAGUGUGUGUAUAUUACUUGUUGACAUGUCCGAAGACAAGAAUAUUUUUAAAACCUACCGACCUAUGCUAAAGUGACGUGUGUUAAUUCUUAACUUAAAAACUGCCUCUGGAAAUUCGUGGUUAGGUUUGUUUGAUAUUUGAAUGACCUUCGACACGCUUCACAAGUCAAAGCUUAAGUUUCAGCCAAGGAUGGUGUAACACAGACGUGACUGUUCCCGGGUUGUUGUUUUGUUCUCUGAAGAUAAACAUGAGAGAAGCCAUUUUUAUCUGUGGAAUUAUCCUGAUUUUUUCUGCUAAAGCAGUAGGUCAAACAUGCAGGGGAAAUUGUGGAGACAUAUUAGAGGAAUGCUCCUGCCAUACAACCUGUGUGUCUUUGCUGAACUGCUGUGCAGACUACAACCAGUCCUGUAUCCAGGUGGCGCCUCACUCCAGCUCCAUGCUGGGUGGAAGAGCUCUCAGGAUCCUCAGUCUGGUCUUACAUCCUAGUGAGCGUCUUCUCUGCAGGUUCAAAGGUGAGAUUGUGCGAGAAGGGUUUAUUGAUGCUGAGGGCCACGCCCACUGUAUCUCUCCUUUAUUGUAUGAGACGGGCUGGAUACCAUUUGAUGUCUCAACAGAUGGAAUUAAUUUUGACAGGUCUGGAGAGUACUUGUCAGUUCACCCAAGUAAAGCGGACCACCCUGUCACCCUGUUGAACGUAACACAGUGGCAGUACUACGGCACACCAAACACAGCAGGGUGGCUGAAAAUGAUGUGGAACAGCUCUUUGAUUGGGGCAGAUAAGGUCAACAUAGAGCUGUGGGGUUACAGAGAGCUCAGCAGGAGCACAGAGGCAGGGAGGAAUGGAUCAUCCUCUCUGCAGGCUGAGCUGAGCUUCCUGUACUCUCUUGGCAGGGAUCUGGUCAACACUGGUGCCUUCAGCUUCAUCCCUAAGUGCUCCAAGGCCUACUCUGACUGGGAGUUGGGGAAUAUUCGCAUAACUGCUAGUUCUAACUCAGAUGGAGCAAGGGAUGUGCAGGGACUCUGGAGUAGAGGUCAUGUCUUAGCCUGGCAUUUAGAGCAGGCUUUCAGAGACGAUUCCGCUGCCUGGGCCAAGGACAAGUGUCUGCAAUGGGACGUCCUGGAGCAGAAGCUGCCCACCUUCCUCAGUGAACUCACUGACUGUCCUUGCACUCUGGCACAGGCCCGAGCAGACACUGGCAGGUUUCAUACCGACUAUAGUUGUAACAUUGAGAGGGGCAGUGUGUGCACUUAUCACCCAGGUGCUGUCCACUGUGUCAGAGCAAUUCAGGCCAGCCCUACAUAUGGAUCAGGGCAGCAGUGCUGCUACGACAGCACAGGGGCUCUGGUGCUGACGGGAGACUCGAUUGGUGGCAGCACCCCAGACAGGGCUCACGACUGGGGCUCACCUCCGUACAGGGAACCACCACGGGUGCCGGGGUACUCCCACUGGCUUUAUGAUGUCAUGAGUUUCUACUACUGCUGCCUUUGGUCUGACCACUGCCACAUCUACCUCAGCCAUCGACCUUCUAGCGGUUGUCGCAACUACCAGCCCCCAAAAGCAGGUGCUGUCUUUGGGGAUCCACAUUUCGUAACGUUUGACGGCCUCAGAUACACUUUCAAUGGCAGAGGAGAGUACUACCUUGUGUCUUCACCAGACAGAGAGCUGAGUGUUCAGGCCAGAACAGAACCGGUGAAACUUAAGAACGGUUCCCUGGCCAAAGCCACGUGGCUGUCAUCGGUGGCUAUGAAGGAAAAGACCUCUGAUGUCAUCGAGGUGCGUCUAGCAGAGGGCCGUCUUCAGGUGCUGAGGAACCAGAAGGUCCUUCCUUUCACUGAGCAAAGAUGGAUGGACCUACACAGAGUAUUCGUGUUCGUCCCAAGUCCUCAGAACGUGACGGUAAUGUUCCUCUCUGGUGCUGGUGUGGAGAUUCGUGUGCAUGAAGGAAUCAUGGCAGUGACUGUCCUGCUGCCAUCAGAGUUUGCAAACCGCACCCAGGGUCUCCUUGGUCUGAUGAACUCAGACCCAUCAGAUGACCUGCUGACCCAGCAGCGAGAGGUCAUCUUCGGAGCCGACGCCACGCCAGAGGAAAUCUUCACCUUUGGAGCCGGCUGGAAUAUUUCAAAGAAGUCUUCCCUUUUCACGUACGACUCAGAGCACCUUUUGGAUACUUCCAGUUUCCCACUAAGCCACGACCCUGCCUUUGUUCCUGCCUUUUCUCUACCUGAGACACCUGAUGACCCUCUGGUGGCGGACAUGCUGACGACGUGCUUUGGAGAAGGGGCACAGUUCUGUAAAUAUGAUACCUUGACCACUCGGAGCCUCACAAUGGGAAACGCCGCACUCAGAGCCUACCAAAACCUUCAGGCCUUAAUUGACGCCCUACAGCCAGUGGUGUCUUGCAGCUGGCUUCCCACACCCAGGAAUGGGAAGAAGAAUGGGACACGUUACCUAGAGGGGGACACUCUGAGCUUCUCCUGCAGUGAUGGCUACGUACUGUACGGUUCAACACAGCGCACAUGUCUGGGUGAUGGGAACUGGACAGGAGAGCAACCCUACUGUAUAACAGACGAUAACGUGGGGUUUGUACUUGGCGCUGUUGGUUCCCUCUCAGCACUGGUCACAAUGGGAGUAAUGAUCAAACUGCACAACAGGAAACAAGACAGAGUGAGCAAAGAGAAACCAGACCAGAUGGUGAUCCAGGAACAGACCUGCUAAACCAUCGAAGUCCUUCCGGAUCAUGGAUCACACCACUCCACACUGAAACCUUCAACUGCGUGGCCUGUGGCAACAAAUAUGUUCAGCUGAGCAUUUGGCAAUCAUACGCAGUUGCGUUGUUCAUUAGGAUGGUGGUCUUCUGUUGCCCUUUUGACCUUAUUAGGAAAACCUCAGGCAUUAGUUAGACUUGCAGCGUGUUGUCGGGCCUCGUCUUUUUCCUCUUGUUUAGUUUGGAAAGCUUCUAGGUUGUGGUAAAUGGCGCAUGAGGUGAGGAUUGAGAGUACUGAAGUAAAGGAAAAAUGCCACAGUUGUUUUUAUAUUUCCGUUUUGCAUGACUGAACGGCCGAUCUUCGCUGGAGAGAGAAUUGUAUAAAUAGAGAUAUCAUCGUUACAAUCAACACUCCCUUCUCCCUUUCGGUCUCAAAUAGGAACAGAUGUGCUCGUAUUCAUGUCAGUUGUGAAGCGAACCUGAUCGUUCUUUGGUUGAAAGACGCUGAACUCGCAUGCAGCCUUUGUGUGGGUUCACAGCCCUCAGUCAAACGAAGGGUUUUGCUGAGUGACUGAGCCUGAAAAAUCCGCAGAUGUUACAUAAAGGUCACCUUUCUGCAAUAGAUCAACACUUACACUCUUAGUUUUUUUUUUUUUUACUGUUACACGUCUGUAUUUGAAAACAAUGACUGAGUGAAAUAUCUAUAAAU